CUAAACUAUUGCAAGGUUAUCUAUAUGGUUCCUGAAAGGACGGAAGCAGAACAAUUCUGAAUUUUCCGAAUGUUGUCCAGCAAUUGUAGUUUAAAAAUGGUAAAGGAUGACGGCGUGGAGGAUGGGAUUCACGAAUUCAAUCACAUACAAGAACAUUCUGAUUUACGAGGAGAUGAGAAAAACAUCGCCAUUCUUUUAUUUCUGUACCUGUUACAAGGUAUACCAUUAGGUUUAUGCGGUUCUAUUCCAAUGUUACUGCAGAAUAGAAAUGUUUCGUAUCGUCAACAGGCUGAAUUUAGUAUUGUUCAUUGGCCUUUCUCGUUGAAACUUUUUUGGGCACCGAUAGUAGACUCUGUGUUUUCCCAAAGAUUUGGAAGACGGAAAACAUGGUUAAUUCCUACUCAAUAUUUAAUGGGUUUCUUCAUGCUCCUUUUAUCCAGUCACAUAGAUCGUUGGUUAGGCGAUGAAAGUAAACAGCCCAACAUAGAAAUGUUAACUAUAUUAUUUUUUUCUUUAAACGUUCUUGCUGCAACUCAAGAUAUUGUAGUAGAUGGUUGGGCACUCACGAUGUUAAAAAGGUGUAAUGUGGGUUAUGCAUCAACUUGUAAUAGCGUAGGACAAAGUGCUGGUUAUUUUAUUGGCUAUGUUCUUUUUAUGGCAUUAGAAUCUCCUGAAUUUUGCAACAGUUAUUUAAGAAGCACUCCUUCCAGUGAGGGCAUAUUAACUUUACCUGAAUUUCUUUACUUUUGGGGUUGGGUAUUUAUAAUAACAACCACUUUGGUGUCCUUAUUCAAACAUGAGGAUUCAAAAAAAACACAUAAAGGUGAAGAAUUAAAUACAGACGUCAAACACGCGUACAAAUUACUUUGGAACAUUGUCAAGUUACCAUCUAUAAAAACGAUUAUUCUAUUCCAGUUAACUGCUAAGAUAGGAUUUUCUGCUUGUGACGCAGUAACUGGUUUGAAACUAGUAGAAGCUGGUAUACCGAAAGAAAAGUUUGCUCUUAUGGCUGUGCCUAUGAUACCAAUACAGAUUUUAUUACCAUUAGUAAUCUCAAAGUACACAGUUGGUCCAAAACCUAUGGAUGUGUACGUGGCAGCAAUGCCCUAUAGAUUAGCUUAUGGACUGGUAGCAGCAUUUUUGGUUUGGGUGACACCAUAUGUAAUGAUGAAUGGACAAAUUCCAGCCUACUACUUUGUAGUUUUAAUAGCUUUAUAUUUGUUACAUCAGGUUUUUACAAACAGCAUGUUUGUGGCGUCAAUGGCGUUCUUCGCAAAAAUUAGCGAUCCCGCUGUCGGUGGUACUUACAUGACAUUGCUGAACACCUUAUAUAAUCUCGGUGGUAACUGGCCAGCAACGGCAGCUCUUUGGUUCGUCGAUCCAUUGACGUAUCGACAAUGCAGCACCGAUCUCUCGAACGACUGUAGCACAAUUUCAAAAAAAGAGCUCUGCGCGAGCACGCACAAUGGCGUUUGUAAUAUGCAGCUUGACGGGUAUUACAUAGAGAGUAUUUUAUGCUUAAUCAUAGGGUUGGCUUGGCUCAGGUGGGGUCAACGAAAAAUCGAGAUCUUACAAGCAAGGCCAAUGUCUGCUUGGAAAGUAAUCCUUUCGAAGCAAAAUAGAUAACAUUAUUGAAUCAAUGUUACAACUUGUUGACACGGUAUCUGUAAAUACUGUACUGUUCGUGUGCCGGCUGUGUGUCCAAGUGUUCCAAUCUUUUUUAAAUUGAACAUUCAUUUUUUCAACGAAUAACAUUCGAAUACAUGAAAAAUAUUAGUUACAGCGAUGUAAUAUUUGAUGAAUAUUCGAUGCCCAAUUUGUUACGAAGGUUUACGCGAGAUUCUUUUAUAUUUGGCACAAUACUACUGUUGAGCAAGUACUGCGUACAUUUUAAAAUUAUCGGGAGUACAGCGCGUUUAAAAACGUCAUAUCGUUUGGAUCGCGGCACGAUUCCAUCUUUUGUAUGUAUAUAUUGUAUCGAUAUGUUACGCAUAAUAAAAGCUAGGCGAUUUUUUUAUGCGAACUACGAGCGUUAUUCUUCCAUGCCGGGUUGCUAAAAGAAAAAUAGACUCAGACACGAUGAUACGAAGUAUUAAGAGAGCUAGUAAUUUUGGGUCUGAACCCCAUGACGAUGAAACGGCGAAGGUUUAGAUAACAAACUCGUGAUCUUCCAGCGUAGCUAGAAAAAUAAGAUGAAUUCCAUUUUUAAGGACUGAGAAGACAGUAUAACGCGGGGUUCGCUACUUACGGACUACUUCGCACCAUAUGAAGUAGUGGGAGAAGUAACGAGUGUUUCUAUCGUCUUCUUCCACCACUACGCACGGUACGAGGUAGCGAAGGCCCCGACGUCAUGUUGCUUUCCCCCUCUUCUCAAAAAUAAGAUUAACUUAUUUUUCUGGUUAAGCUGGUCCAGUCAGUGAUGGGGACACUUACCUUAUAUCAAACGUCGAAACUCGGAGGAACACUCAUUGUUAUCCUUCCAUGAAGGUUAGUGAAAUUUUUGUUACGAUGUAAUAUAUGUAAUAUAUCGCACUGGUUUAUAUUUAACGAUACUUACUAUUGGUCUUGGUUGGUUAAAACAUUACAUUUGCGAUUGUUUGCAGUACUUGUAAGUCUGUAUGUAUAAGUACAUGAUGUUAAUAAAAGUUU